AUGGAGCAGGAGUUAGGCAUAGGAGAGGUGGCGCCUUCUGCCGAGCUGGGUUUCCACCUGCAGCCUCUACUAGAGGAGCUCGGCCAGGAUGAGUUGAGCACAUUCAAAUCUCUUCUGAGGGACCAUUCCCUGAAAGAGGAGUUUCAGCACCUCCUGCAGACGGAGGUGGAGGAGGCCGGCAGGAAGCAGCUGGCCGACCUCCUCACUGCCCGCUGCCCCAGCUACUGGGUAGAGAUGGUGACCAUCCAGGUCUCUGAUGAGAUGAACCGAAUGGAUCUGUCUGAGAGAGCAAAGGAUGAACCCCGGGAAACAGCUUUGAAGUCACUUCAGGAAAAUAAGCCUCCAUCGUUAGAGCUGGCCCAAGUACAGGAAGAAGAUGUCACAAACCUACGAGAAACAAAAGAAGAUUUGGAAGGAGAAAAGCCAGGUAAACAAGAUAAAUACAGAAAUAUAUUGAAGAAGAAGUUCUGUCAACGCUGGAAGAACUUCUGGCCCAGACUCAGUGAAGAUGUUUGUAUUGUCACCCAAAGAUAUGAGACCCUGAUCCCAUUCUGUAAUCCUAAAAUGCUGGCCGGGCCAUUUCCACACACUGUGGUGCUGCAUGGUCCUGCUGGUGUUGGGAAAACCACACUGGCAAAGAAAUUGAUGCUGGACUGGACGCAGGAUGACCUGGCAGAGACCUCCAACUUCGCCUUCUACCUCAGCUGCAAGGAGCUCAACCACAGGGGGCCGUGCACCUUUGCAGAGCUUAUAUCUACCAACUGGCCACAUGUGCAGGACGACAUACUGGCAAUCCUCGCCGGGGCACAGAAAGUCCUGUUCAUCCUCGACGGUUUUGAUGAGCUGAAGGUCCCCUCGGGGGCGCUCAUCCACGACAUAUGUGGUGACUGGAAGGAGCAGAAGCCGGUGCCCGUCCUCCUGGGAAGUUUACUGAAGAGAAAGAUGCUACCCAAGGCCAUCUUACUCAUCACCACCCGACCGGGCUCCUCUCCUUCAUCUCUUUCCCAUAGGUCCCAGAAUGAUCAACACAUGCUCCCCCUCUGGAUGGAUCUUUGUUCUGUGUUUGACUCAAGCAGGAAUCUGCUGUUUCUGGACAUCAGUCAGAGCUUCCUCAAUGCCUCUUCAGUGAGAAUUCUUGGCGAAAAAAUAGUCUCUGCGGCCUCUAGUCUGCAGAAAGUGGUCCUCAAAAAUAUUUCCCCAGCUGACACUUAUCGGAACUUCUGCAUGGCUUUUGCUGGUCACAAGACUUUAACACAUCUGACCCUUCAAGGAAACGACCAGAAUGACAUGCUUCCCCCGUUGUGUGAGGUCUUGAGGAACCCCAAAUGUAAUCUGCAGUAUCUCAGGUUGGUGUCCUGUUCUGCCACCACUCAGCAAUGGGCUGAUCUCUCCUGCUGCCUCAAAACCAAUCAGUCCCUCACAUGCUUGAACCUCACAGCAAAUGAGUUCCUGGAUGAGGGAGCCAAGUUGUUAUACAUGACUCUGAGAUAUCCGACAUGCUUCCUACAGAGGUUGUCGUUGGAAAACUGUCACCUUACAGAAGCCUAUUGCAAAGAUCUGUCUUCUGCUUUGAUUGUCAACCAGAGGCUGACCCACCUGUGUUUGGCCAAGAAUGCUCUUGGAGAUCGUGGGGUGAAACUGCUGUGUGAGGGCCUGACUUACCCUGAGUGUCAACUGCAAACCCUGGUGCUAUGGUGUUGCAACAUAACCAGCGAUGGCUGCAUUCACCUCUCAACACUCCUCCAGCAAAACUCAAACCUCACACACUUGGAUCUGGGACUGAAUCACAUAGGAAUUAUGGGAUUGAAGUUUCUGUGCGAAGCUUUGAAGAAACCACUGUGUAAACUAAGCUGUCUAUGGUUGUGGGGAUGUGCCAUCACCCCCUUCUGUUGUGCAGAACUCUCGUCUGCCCUUAGAAGCAAUCAGAACCUGAUCACGCUGGACCUGGGCCAAAAUUCCUUGGGGUCCAGUGGGGUAAAUAUGCUGUGUGAUGCCUUGAAACUUCAAAUCUGUCCCCUCCAGACACUCAGGUUGAAGAUAGAUGAAUCUGAUGCUCGAAUCCAGAAGCUGCUGAGAGAAAUGAAGGAAAGCAACCCACAGCUGACUAUUGAGAGUGAUCAUCGAGACCCAAAAGAUAACAGACCUUCUUCUAAUGACUUCAUUUUCUGA